GUAACUGUACCUAUCGAUAAUUUAGAUAACACGUAUCUAAAUUUUUUUAAUUUUAAAUAUUAUUAAGUACAUCUCGAUCUUGAUAUAUGUGAUAAGAUAUAAAAAAUGCAUAGUUAAAUAUGAGAAAGUAUAUUUGCUACCAAGUAAGAUGAUGUCCACACGAGUUAUUUACGAGUUAUUCGAUGAUAGCAUUUGAUUGGGCAUUUCUGUUCGCGCCAUAUGAUUUAACAGGACUAGACAAGUACAUAAUAAUCGGAGUAUUGUGCCAAAUUAUGCUGACAAUAAUAAUUGUUAAUAGAAAGCCCACCUAUAUAUUCACUGAUUCGCACAGUUUUGUUACAAAUAGUAUUACAUUGUAUCCGAGUGUGACCAUUUCUUUUUAAAUUAAAUAAUUGUUGAUAGGUACAUUUUGUGAUAUCUGUGUCUUGUUUUUUCAAACGCCCUUGGCAGGUUUCUCUCAAUUCAGGUACAACAAUGGUAUUGGUGGAAAUAUUACGUGAAUAUAACGUAUCACAUAUCUUUUGAGCGAAAAUAAAUGUAAAAAGGUGUUUAUCUCGAUUCUGAAAAUAUAUUAAUUGUCUCGUAAUAUAAAGGGCGGACUUUCUUUAACUGGAAAUCGUAACGAUUUCGAGAUAGCUGUCAAACAUGACUUUUUUAAUAUGAAAGUAACGCUACGAAUGAAGAAAAUUGCACUUAAUAUCAGAGAAAACAACCAUAUAACCUUUUGACACAUCAUGGCAAAUCCAGGUGACUCUAUUAUAUGUGGCGGUUUUUCAUUUUAUAAUAAUUUUGAUUCAGCCAAUUUAGCGAAAGUUGAACUAGUAAAAGUGCCAGAGACUUUUGAAAAGGAUGCAUGUGAAACAGAGAAUAAAUCAUGUAGAAGCUCAAAUUCAGAAGAUGCUACAGAUUAUGAGUUUAACUUAUGGACAAAACAUGAUUGUCAUGGAACACAAUAUCAAAACAACAACAGAACAUGGUUUUACUUUGGUGUUAAAGCUAGUACUCCAGGAGUUUAUAUAAAAUUCAAUAUAAUUAAUUUGAAUAAACAAGUUAAAAUGUUCAGUCAAGGAAUGUGUCCGGUUUUUAAAGUUGUACCUGGUCAUCUGCAUUGGGAAAGGAUCCGCGAUAAACCUACCUACACUUUGGAUCAAAAAGGAAGUGAUUUUACAUUGUCAUUUGUUUACUUUGCUCCUGAAAAUCCAAAAGCCAUAACAUAUUUUGCAUUCACUUAUCCUUUUUCUUACACCGAUCUACAAAAUUAUUUAAGAAGAGUCGAAGCAAGAAUAUUAAAGAGAAGUAUAACAUCUGCAGAUGAUGUUUAUUAUCAUAGAGAAUGUGCAAUAAAAUCUUUAGAGGGACGGAGAAUGGAUCUAAUAACAAUAAGCUCAUUUCAUAACAUAUCAACGGAGAGAGAAGAUAGACUGAAUAAUAUGUUUCCUGAAAAAACUGAAGAAAGACCUUUUAAAUUUUGGGAUAAAAAAGUAAUUUUUAUUAGUGCGAGAGUCCAUCCAGGAGAAACACCAUCUAGUUUUGUUUUUAAUGGUUUCCUUAAUUUUCUGGUAAAUCGCGAGGAUAACAUUGCAAUUAAUCUUCGUCGCCUUUAUGUGUUCAAAUUGAUACCAAUGCUCAACCCUGAUGGUGUAGUUAGAGGUCAUUACCGAAUGGAUACUAGAGGAAUAAAUCUCAAUAGAGUCUAUCUCAAUCCUUCUUUAAAAGAUCAUCCAACAAUAUAUGCUGCAAGAAAUUUGAUAAGGUAUUAUCAUCAUACGUAUCAGCUGCCAAAAGAGGACGAGAUUUCAAAUAUGUGUAUAGGAAACGGCGAAAAUACGUUAACUGUUAUUGAUUCCUCUUGUGCAAUUACAAAUAUAGUACGCGAUACAACGACGAGAUUACUCCAGCAGGUAACACUUAUGUCUUUAGACGAAAAGCGUAAAGAUCAACCGGAAAUUUUUCAGGAAUGUGCAUCACCAAAAACAGAUUUGGAUGACAUACCUCAGGGUGGUGGAGAAGGCCUGUGUAAUAAAGCAGAAGAAAGUAAUAAUUCCGUAGAACUUAAAUCUGAUAAAAAGACUUAUACAGCUAUUGGUAUAGGACAAUUACCCAAAGAAGACUCUGGAUUAUAUUUAUAUAUUGAUCUUCAUGGUCAUGCUUCGAAAAAGGGUGUUUUCAUGUAUGGCAACUACUUUGAUAACGCAGAGGACACAAUAAUGUGUAUGCUUUUACCAAAAUUAAUGUCCAUUAACAAUCCAAAUUUUCAUUUUACUUCAUGCAAUUUUACAGAAAGAAAUAUGUAUAUUAUAGAUAAGAGAGACGGUAUGUCAAGGGAAGGAUCGGGUCGAGUAGCUGUAUAUAAACUCACUGGACUGAUACGUAGUUAUACUCUUGAGUGUAACUAUAAUUCUGGACGUUUAGUAAAUUCAAUACCUUCAAGAAUUCGUGAUGGUGUGAACAAAACCGUAACACAUAUGUUUGUUCCACCAAAGUAUACUCCAGCAGUUUUCGAAGCGGUUGGAGCAGCGUUAGGUCCUUCAAUUCUUGACCUGACAAAUAAUAAUCCUAACAGUCGACUGCCAAAUAGCCAAUAUCGUUCUUUAAGAGGUGUAAAGUCUUAUUUAAAAUUAGCAUAUGUGAACAAUGUUUCCUCGCCAAACGGCAAAUCUCUACAUAAGGUAAAUUUUGAUGUAAAUAAUGAGAGUGAAUUUUCAGCUGUUAAUAUACGACAGUGUGUACUCUCUUAAUUCAUAAUACCAUUAACUUGAUAUGCUUUCAUAUACAUUUUAAUAUCAAGACACAUUAGUGCCUAAAUAAACUGCACAUUCUGUUACUCGUUAAAAAUGUGGGAGAGAGAUUUUGUAUACAUAUAAAUUGUAUAUUAUCUUAAUUCAAUAGUGCGAAAUUAUGAACUUUUUAUUGUAGAAAAAUUCUGUCCUUAUUUUAUAUUGCAAUAUUGUAAAUGAGAAAUUUUAGGAAAGUAAUGUAUUAGGUAUUUAAUAUAUUUUAAAUAUGCGACUAAUAUAAAUCUUGUAAAAUUUUUAUUAUGUUGAACUAAUGGGUCUUCCAAUCUAAUACAGAUGUAUGCAUGACAAUAAUAUUUGGUAUACUUUUAUAUAAAGGUUUAUGGAAAAACCGUUUCUCUAUCUUUUUUUCAGACUUAUUAUAUAAUUUAAUUACAAAGUGUGUACAAAAUGCAAUUUUUUACAGUUCUAAAAUUGCGUUCAUUAUAUUAACAAAUACAUAUUCUGUAUAUACAUUGUUUUUACUGCUUAAUGGUGUUUCUAUGACACAAUGUUUAGUAUAUGAAAUUUUUAAGACUGUACUAAUUUUUAUUCUUUUAUAUUAGAACCAAAUGAUGGAAUAUAAAGUAUUCGAUGUUAAUGCUUAUAUUUUUAACAGAAAAAUAUAUUCUUUUUUUAUUUUCUUUAGACAAUUUUUGACGCACUAUGCUUCUGGUGACAAUAGAUAAGUGCACUUACACUAAUACUACAUGCACUUGUGAAUUAUUUUGUGGAUGCGAGUAGUAGUAAGAAAUACACACAUGUGUGAUUAAUGAUAUCUAUUUCUUUAGCAAAAAAAGCAGAACGUAGUGAUUUAGAUGAUUCAACUAUAAAUCUCUGGCUGAUGGAGUCUUUUUAAAAAAAGAUGUGCAGAUUUUUAAAUUAGAAUUUAGUAUCUCGUAAUUAAUAAAAUGAAUGACAAUAAUUGUAAAUGUCUUUUGUAAUAAAUUUGUUGUUUAUUGCUCAUACAAUUUAAAAUGAUAAAAUUAUAAAAUUAAUUGUUUUAUGUACUUCCUUGCUUUUAAAGGAAAAGAUACAAAGUACAUGUGUCUGUUAUGAAAACAAGUAUGAAUGUGUGUUGUACUGUCCCAUAAAAUUACUAUUAAAGAUAAAUAUAUGUAUUGUAUAUAUUCUCAUAUAUAGCAUGAUAUAUAUAUAUAUAUAAGAAUCGUGUUACAUAUUUAUACAUAUAUAUAAAUCAAGCUACCAUGCUUAAAAAGCAUAAGAGAACUUAUAUACUACUUAUUGUCAUGCUUCUCAUUACUUGAAUGUAAGUGUUGUUACUGAUCAAAAGGAGUGUUAUGUAUAAAUUCAUGUAUACAAGUUUUAUAAUGUAUCCUAUUCUACGCAUAUAUGUACACACACAUGAAUACAUAUACAUGUCCUAUUGUUUUAAUAAAUCUACAGUAUUUUUAGCAAUAA